AUGACGACGCCAAGAGACCCAAGUCUAUUGCGCAGGUGCGAAGAUUUUCUCUUUCAUCCAACUGUGCGUACGUUAUCACUCGCUCAGCGCGUAGACUUUCUUGAGAAAAAGGGUUUGUCUCCAGAGGAAAUUACGCACUGUUUAAAGAGUGUAGAUAGCCGUAAUGGGCUCUCACAAUUAACACAACGUACAGCUGAACAUUUAGCGUCCAACGUUGACAUUCACAGGUUAACAACGUUGAAAUCAGCGCCGAAAUCGUCUUUCCAGCUGCUCCAGAACAUUGUCAAGAAGUAUGGCGUCGUAAUGCUAUUGCUAAUGCUAUUGGGCUAUGGCUACUCGCAAGUCAGACGGAGAAACACAGAGCAGAUGCUGCUGAAAUAUGAAGCAGAGAAGAUACAGCGCAAAAAGCGCUUGCACUCGAGAGUAGAAGCGCUGCUGAAUGUGGUGAAGCAACAGCAGACGCAGUAUAAUCAGGCAGUGAAGCUUUUGGGAGCUCGAGUGACAAAGAUGUUAGCAGUAGAAAAAGCGGCGACGAAACGGGUGACAAUGUCGAAGGAUAGUUCAUCGGUGACGACGCAGUUGUCGCGAGGAUUGGAGUUCCAAGCACUGCAGAGCGAGCUUUUGGAACUGAAGAAUGCCGUCGUCGACACUUAUGUGCACCCUCGAGCUGACAAGAGGAGUGUGGACACAAAGAAGGAGGUGUCGAUGCUGCUACGACCGACUGUGACAGACAAGGUUGUGCAAAAGAUUGCGGCCCCUACACAGCGUGUUGAGAGCUCCAAGACUGUUGAUACUCUUUAUAAGAAGGCUGCGAAAAAGACACGUCAGAUAGUUGCACAGCCACACAAGAAAGCAUACAAAAAGCAGAGCGGGAUCAGAGAUCAUACUACUAUGAGCUCUGAGGAGAUCACAGCGUGGUUUGAACGAGGUCAGGUUGAAGAGGAGCUUUGUCUUUUGCUUGCGACAAAGUAA